AUGAUAAAUACUUGCGAGAUUUACUUUAAAAACGUGUUUCAUGAUCAUGAAUAGAAAUUCCAAAUUAUAGUUGGCGAUUAAUUCAAGGGUGUAAUAAGAAGUAUCAAGAUCUUAAAGUGGCCAAAAAUGGAUUACCACUUUACAAACAAAUUGAAACUCACAAUGACUGCAAGUUAUAUGAUGAUUUCUUUGGUUGUGAACCAACAAUGCAAUUAGUGUCAACCGAUUGGCCUUUGUUUGCACUGUGAUGAUUCAAGUGGACCAUAGUAUUGUACUGUAUGUAUAGAAGGCUCUGUUCAUAAACCCGAUGUUGGAUGUGUUCUUUGUCAUUCUAGUUGUAAAUCAUGCAGUGGAAGCACAUAUUCAGAUUGCGUGAGUUGCAAUGACGGAUUUCAAAUGUAGAGCGGGUAAUGCGUGGAAAUUUGCGGAGAUGGAGUAAGCUACUACAAUUAAAACUAAUGUGAUGAUGGAAACUAAAUAAAUAACGAUGGAUAGCGAAAAUGGGAAUCUCUAGAUAAAAGCAAAAGUCAAUUAAAACUUGAGAUUGGAUUUAACUUGGACAUUAAACGAUAAAUAAUUCAAAAAUGUCCAAAAAUUAGACUUGAAUUUGAAGUACAUAAAUGA